CUGAGACUGCCCCUCCUUUCUCGCUUCCUUUUUUGGGCUUCUUACUCUGCACCUGGCUUCCCUUUCUGUCCCCCCCUCGCUUGCCCCUCACUUGCACUGCACAACACUUGUUGCUUGUAAUCUCUUCUCUGACGCGCUCCCCCUGCUGUCGGCAGGGGUCGGCGGAUUUCUCCAGAUGCAGCGGCUCCUUCUGGGCCGCCUAUGUGUGCGUUGCACAGGGAGAUCUCUGCGUCUUCGCGGUGUCAGACACGGUGGGGGUGGUGCCUAUGUGGCUCGCCCUGGGGGAGGGAUUCAUCUUGCUGUCUCCCUACUGGCCAUCAGAACAGGUACCACUGAGCAACCUGAGUUGCAACCUGCACCUGGCCAUCGGUUGGCGCCAGGCAUCUCCCAGGUUGAUGCACCAAUGGUCUGCUAGUGGUGGGUUAGAGGCUUCCAUGCCUGAUCACUUUUUUGGGCUACACGGGAGAAAGCUGGAGCUGGAGAUGGCUGAAGCCAAGAGAGGGGAAGAGGAGAUGACCCUUCAACUGCGCGAAGCUCUGAUCCAAGCAGUGCGACGAUGUGUCGCGGGGGAGGAACAUGUGGGACUUUUGUUCAGUGGUGGUUUAGACUCUGGGCUUCUUGCAUGGCUCUUUACGGAAGAACUUGCCCCAUGCAGAUGCUCGUGCUACACGGUGGGAUUUCACAUGGAGGAUAAGAAGAUCAAAAACAAGUAUGCGUAUCCGGAAGAUCUAUCCAUGGCAGAAGCAGCUGCGACUGAAAUGGCCAUGCCCUGGGAGGCUCAUGUAGUGGAUUUGAAGGAGGCAGAAGCGCUUCUUCUGCAAUGUGCUCCGGUAAUAGCAGAUUUGAACAGCGUCAAAGCUUCCGUCGGCAUGACUAUGCUCGCUGCCUGCCAAAUGGCUGCAAGGGAUGGCGUUCGAGUGGUUCUCAGUGGCCUAGGAUCCGAGGAGGCCUUCGCGGGGUACCAGCGCCACGCGCGUGCCUGUGAUGCUAGGGACGAGGCCACCAGCCGCGAUCGCACGCUGGGCCUGGCGCAGAUGUGGCACCGGGAUCUGCAACGGGACUUUGCGGUGGCGGCAUUGGCCAAGGUGGAGAUUAGAUAUCCAUUUCUUGAUUCCGAGCUCCUCUCCAUUGCUCUGAACCUUCCCAGCUCCUCUUCGCACCGAGAGCCCUCGGAAAGUCCCGAGCUCUGCGCUGCGGAUGGUGGCAAGGGCGCCCUGCGUCAGGUCGCCCGCAGUUUGAAGGCGCCCAAACGGAUCUCGGAACGGCGGAAACGCGCGGCGCAGUACGGGUCGCGGAUCUACAACGCACUGAAGAUUUUGUCCAAUGAAGCUGGAAAGCUGCAGGAAGAUUCCAGAUACCACCAGGCCAACUAUGUGAUGUCCGUGCCAGGAGCAUCACAUUCUCCUGUGGCCAUACUUUUUACAAGUGGGUAUCAUAGUAUCCAGGUCUACUGCUUGUUGCGAAGCUGGCGGUGUGAGAUUGCCUGCAUCAUUCCGCCUGACGAGGAGUCUGCUAAAGCACGGGCUGCACACUUUGCCCAAGACGUCCAGGUGCCGCUUCUGGAGAAAUCGGCGCCGUUGGGAUCGAAGGGCUAUGACAUGCCGGCCCUGAUUGACGCACUCAAAUCUGCCCGUGAGAACUUUGCUGUGGAGGUGGCGGCAUGUGGUCACGUUUGUGACUUGGAUCUCUGGGGUUCCUUUGCGGCUGCUUGUGAUUCUGCCAGCCUCCGAGCUUAUGCCCCUGAGUGGGGCUCCUGUCCUGCCUCCCAAUCCAGCAUGCGGCGCAUCGUGCAUGAUGGAACCGUCCUCCAGGUGAGGAAGUUUCCAGAUUCGGCCCUGGUCGGGUGCACUGUGGCGUCACCGCAAGAGGCAGAUCUUCUGUUGGACGCGUUGCGGAGGAAGUGUGGCCCAGAGGCCACAGAUGAUACGGACGCAGGACUGGUGGACUGCGACUUUGUUUCCAGUCCUUUCCUUCCAUGCGGAGUUCGGGACGUUACCGGAUCGAGCGUGGCGGUUGCAACUUCGUUGGAAGAGCAAGAAAACAGCUUCGCAAAUUGGUUGGGAUAA